AUGAUACCCAACUUCAGUCCACCUUCAGAAAGAGAAAAAUCUCAAGCUCUUGGCGCAUUAGGUGGUUCUAACUUUUCAAUUAGAAAAGCCUUAAGCAACCUUCAAAAUGAUUUUUCUCCUAUUGAAACUCCAUCUCCAGAUGAUUGACUUGCCCAAAACUUUGAGCCAGGCCAAACAUACGAGCAGUUCAAACCUUAUGCAAAUAUCCCUUCGAAAAAUUCAAAAAUCUAUAUACAGCCUUAUACAGCGUGCUUUACCUCUUUCCCUUGCCGAUAUAAAAGGCAGGACCCUUAGGCCGAACAGGCGCUGAAGGAAAGUCGGACAGAGCGAGGUAACGCGCCAAGCCGCUAGUGUUUCCCGUACUUCUGGAUUUCCAAAUGGCUUCACGGGGAUUAGAAGGAGCGAGCCGUACAGCGAGGCCCGACUCGAGUACGCGAGUAGCGACAAGACGGAGAAAAAAUAUGCCCUUGCGGCAUUGUGCAUCUAGGGGCCCAACUAGAGGUCGAGUUAAAUUAAGUAAUUAAGUAAGAUAAUAUCAUUUCACUUGAAACGAUAAUUGUAACUAAAAAAUAUUGCAAUGCAUUUUUCCCUGGGGUUAAAUUUAUUAUACGUCGACCGAUUAAUAUUGAAGAUUUGAACAUAGAGCACAGAGAAGUAGAGUGAGGAAAGCAAUUCAGUGCUUGUCAAAUAUUAAAUAAAAUGUAUCAAAUUGCUCCUCUUGAUAGAUUCGCAAUAAUUGGAGUCACAAUGGCUGACAUUUAUAGUGGAGAAGCUUCCAAUUUUGUGUUUGGAUUAGCAAAUGUGAUAACAAAAUCAGGAAUUUUCUCAUUUGCAAGGUACAGCCCAAGCUUUUACGGAGAAGAGUCUGAAAAUGAAAAUGAGAUUAUCGUUACUUAAAUUAAUCCAGAUCCAUGAAAUUGUUUUAAUUAAUGAAAAAUAGAAGAUAUUUUUAUUCAAAAUUGAAUUUAUUUAAAUUUAAUGGGAUAUUAUAUAUAGAGCAGUUAAAGUGAUGAUCCAUGAAAUUGGGCACAUGUUUGGGCUGCUGCAUUGCAUUUAUUAUAGCUGUAUUAUGAAUGGGUCUAAUCAUAUUGAAGAGAAUGAUAGAAAGCCUUUACAUUUGUGCCCUAUAUGCUUGCGAAAACUCCAUCACUGUUUGAAUUUUAACCCAAUAGAAAGAUACCAUAAUUUAGAAAAAUUUUGCAGAGAAUUAGGUGGGAAAUUUCUAGAUCAAGCUGAGUGAUAUAGCAGCAGAGCAUCCACAAUAGAAAAAUCAUUGCCAAAAUUAAGAAAAUAA